AUUCUUGGCUAAAAACAUAUUUCAGAACCAGUUUAAAACUUAAUGCAGACGAAUCAUAACUCCAAAGUUGUACACAAUCAAGUUAAAAAACUAUUCGAUCUUAAAGAAAUCAUGUUGACUUUAACAGUUUAAUUCCGAAUUUGAAUUAUAGAUGGCAACAUCAGGACAGAAAAGGCUGGGUUCAGGCGGCUUGCCAUCCAGAACACCACUUUUCGGUGCAAACAAAGCAGCAAGUUCAAAAGCAGAGAGCUCUACCAAAUCUCAACAAAGCACAAGAUUGACAAAACCAUCAGAUAAAUUAAACCCCAAAACAGUAGACCCUUUUAGCUCAUCAUCAAAGAGUCAGUCAGCAUUUGCAGCUGUCUAUACAAAAGGAGGGGUACCAUGCAGGUUGCAACAUGGAUCUGUGAAACACAAAUUAGGAUGGGAUACUCAUCCAGAUCAGCUUCCUUUUGAUCCUGUGUUAGUAACAUUAUCAGAGGGUCUGCAAGAAAGCAUACAUCCCUACUCAUUUGUAGCAAGGACAGGCUUUAAAGAAAUGUUAGAAUCCAAUGGUGCCAUUGAGAAAGUAUUACCACUCCUGCCAAAAGUUUGCUAUGGUGUUCGAGCUGCCCUAGGCAACAAAAACAGUGAUGUAUUUGCAGCAGGACUAGAGGCCACAAUACAAUUAAGUAAUCUGACAGGACCUCACUUAAACCCACAUCUUAAAAAUCUUCUUGUUCCUGUUUCCAAAAGAAUGAUGGAUAAAAAGUUUAGAGAUAAAAUUACAACAGCAUUACAGACUUUUGAACAAAAUGGAGGAAAGGAAGCUUUACCAGUGAUCAAGUCAAAGGUGCCAACAUAUACAACAAUAUUUAUGUGAGCUGAUUAAUAUAUGUGAGGGUACUGGCUUUCUGAAGAUUUACAUGCAGAAAACACUAUUCUAAUAUGUGUAUCUCAGAUGAAUUUAAUGAUAAGGUUGUGGUUUACACAAGCUCUCUGUGAUGACUUAUGAUGAUAUAUAACUUGUAACGUUUAUGUUUGGUUUGUACUAGACUGUGCUAGUCCAUUUGCCAUAAUUUGUACCAAAAAUGUUUUUUAUUCAUUGUUAGAUCUGUUCUGUUUAAAGGCCCUACAUACCUAGUUAUUUCAUUGUUAGAUAGUUUCAUUUAGCUUACUUCACAAAGGGCUCCUUUGUCUGCCUUGUUAAGGAGCCCUUUGCAAAAAUUCUCUGAGAGGUCUGUAGGUGACAUGAAGGAAGGCUAAAUCAAUGGCCUAUCCAACAUACCCUAAUUUUCGCAGUGGCAGUUCUAAGCUUUUAUUAUCCAAUUCAAGUGUUGAAAUUAGUGGCCUUAUUAUGCCUUCCUCUCUUUCUAUUGUUACAGAUGACAGAAAAAAAAAUCAUGCUAUAUUUUUUUAUCAGUAUAAUUUUCCUUCCAGGCCAAAAGACAUUGGCUGUGUUGAAAGAAUUUCUUCCAAUUUUUUCUGAAUGGAAUUGAAAAAUGAGAAUAUCUUAUAUUACAUAGGAAAUUACUGUAUGACAAAUUUCUCCAUUUAAUUUUAAUUUUUUGUCUGGCGUACAAAAUGAUAAGCCUGGUAUCUUUGAUGAGUUUCUUUUUAAUAAGUCUUUAAAAGAUUACUUUAAUGUUUAGUUGAUUAAUGUAUAUAAUCCCUUAUAUAUUUUUGUCAUUAUUGUACUUUUUUUACUGUACCUUAUAAAGAUUCAGUUUUGUUUACCACAUAUUUUAUUUUGCUUUUCACACAAGGGCACUACUGUUGUGUGGUUUUAAUCAUUAGCUACAAUCAAAGCACCUGUAAAUAAGUAUUUUUUUAUAUCAUCAUUAUAAUGUAAUUUAUUAUAUUAUCAUUGUUGCCUAUAUUGAUAUAUCCAACAAUUCAAUGAAAAGAACCUUGGACAGCCAAACACAAAAGACUGUUACUUUAUGUUGGUAGUCUCAAUUCCCCUGCUACCAAUAGACAUGUACAAUAUUUUUUUUCAGUACAAGAAAAACCACCAUCAGGUACAUAAGACAAGAAAUUUAGGAGGCAAAUAUAUAUUUGUAAAACUACGUGCCAAAAUUCAUUUAACGGUAAUCCCUAAAAGUGUCUAAAUUCACAUGCAUAUAUACAAAAGGUUAAUUGAAAAAUGUCAAUCUAAGGAUAUCUGAAUUAUGAUACAAUUGCAUCUAAAUAUUUACUUAUUAAUAAAUUAAACAUAAUUUUGUUCUCAAUUUUCCCUGAUAAUACCAGAUUGUAAUGAAUAUUUCCACUGGGCAUUAAGCAAAUAGCAACUAGAGGUUACCAUAGAGUAACAGACUUUCAACAUGCCCUGCAAAUCAGUCCAUUUGUAAGUUAUGGUCAAGGUCAGGAACAAUCCUCUAAGGACAUUUUUACUGUAGAAAAAACCAAGCCAAUUGCAUAGACAAAGUCAACAUCUAACCAUUGAAAGAUGUCAAAAUUAUAUGUAUAACCAAGUGUUGCAUGCAUAUUUUCAAAAUAUUUAAUAUUUUUUAUUUGAGUCAGAUUUUAAGUGUAAUUCCUAGGGUAUUUUAAAAAUAGAAAAAUUGACAAAUUAUACAUGUGUAACUAGCAAAUCAAAUUUCUGUGUUAUAGGUAUAAUCAUGACUACAGUUUAAAAUUUAAUUUAACAUUUACUUUUAACCUCAAAAUGAAUUAUUACAGAUGUUAUAAAAGCUUCAAAUGUUUAAGAUUACAGAUUACUUUCACCAAAUGUCUUGACAUCAUGAAUAAAUAAGUAUAAUUAUGAUGUCUGAUGUCAGCAAACCUAUGGUUUCAUUAUGGUAUUUCAGUGACAAUGCUAAUGCUAAUUCUUUCAUUCAAUUAAUUUUUGAAUGAGUUAGAACAUUGUUUGCAGCUUAAGCAGGUAAAGUACUAUAUGAUUUACCUCUGUCUACCUAUAACACAUUUCUGGUCCAUUUCUUGGAGUAACUACAUGAUACCUACUGAUAUAUGAAGCAAAGCUUCAAGUGUUACACAUUUUUAGUUGCUUUGAUGUUCUACAUUCUGUUUGCCAAAAAAUUGUGUCUUAAAAAAUGUCAUCCAAAUAUACGAAUUUUUUUCUAAAUUUUUCUCAGCAACAAGGAGUCAAAGCUGCUUGACAUAUGGCACCCAGCUUUAUCUUGUCGUGUCUUUUAAAAUGUGUGACAUAUUUUAAAUUCCUUAUAUGUUCUACAUGUUUAUGGCCAAGGAACAGUAAAUGACCUGUGUCACAGAUUUUGGUAAAUAUUUUGCAAACAACUUUGCCACCUUGAACUUUAACUGAUAAAAUUAAGACAGUGGUGCCCAAUAAAUAAUAUAAUACUCCCUUUAUUUGGGUGGGGGGGUUACAUCAGUCAAAGUGUUUCUUGUGUAAAAAAUACUACAAAUGUCGACAUAACGUGUCAGCAGUGUAAAGCUGUAAAACAACAUUUUUAGACAUUUUUCAGUACCCGCUAGGUACCAAAAUAGUUCAAUUUUAUGUGCUUUCAAUUCAAAUAUACAUCUAUUUUGAAAGAAUUCAUUUAAUAAUACUUUUGAAAAUAAAAGAGAAGAAUGCAUUAUUUUUUUUAUUUUCAGUUCAAGUUUAACAUACUACAUCUGUAUGCAAAAUUUUAUAAAAAUCUGUGGUAUGACCCAUUUACUGUUACUUGACCAUAAAGAAUUCACAUGGGAAAUUUGAUUGCUUCAAAUAUUUACUGCAAAAUAGUCAACACCAUUGGACAAGAGUUUAAUACAGAACAAUAGCUCAGAGUCCAUCUUUUUUUAAUUACUGCUUGCCAUUAUACUGCUAGUCACAUGUUAAAAUUUUCAUGCCAUGUAAUGUGGUUCUUUGAAAAGAAGAGCAUUAUAAUCUUAUGUUUUAUAUAUAUAUUUCUGUAUUGAUGGAUCAUUCAGUGAUUUUUAUAACAUUAAAUAAUUAUAACUUGA